CGGACACAACAUUCACGAUGAAGGCGGAUAGCGAACAUAACUCUAUUCUUGGCAAGGGACGGGACAGUGUUCGUUUAGUCUCGAAUGACGAGUUUGGUGACGGUGUUUACAUCUUUGAUAUCAACCACAUGCCAGUAGGCUGCGGAACA